UCCGGGCCGGGCGGCUGCAGCGUCACUAGCAGAGCUGGUGCUGAGCGGGCGGAGCGGCCGCCGCCGCCGCCAACGAACCGGGGACCGCGCGUGGGCCAGGAGCGCGCCGGCCAGGGGAGGGGGUCCCUGCGGUCGGGCCGAGGGCGACGGGCCGCCGGCGGCCGCGGGGCGACGACGACGCCGCGAAAGAGGCGGAGCCCGCAGAGGGGAGGGGGCCGGGGAGGGCUCGGGGGGCUGCGAGCCGGGGGGUUGUCCCUGGACUCAUGGAGCCGGCCGAGCGGGCGGGCGGCGGGGAGCCCCCGGAGCCGGGCGGGUGUUCCGGGCGGGAGCCGCGGGGCUUCGUGCCGCAGAAGGAGAUCGUCUACAACAAGCUGCUGCCCUACGCCGAGCGGCUGGACGCCGAGUCCGACUUGCAGCUGGCCCAGAUCAAGAGCAACCUGGGCCGGGCGGUGCAGCUCCAAGAGCUGUGGCCGGGGGGCCUCUUCUGGACCAGGAAACUCUCCACGUAUAUUCGACUUUAUGGAAGAAAAUUUAGCAAAGAAGAUCAUGUUCUUUUUAUCAAGUUAUUGUAUGAGCUGGUGUCAAUUCCAAAGCUGGAAAUCAGCAUGAUGCAGGGUUUUGCUCGUCUCUUGAUCAACUUGUUAAAGAAGAAGGAACUUCUUUCAAGAGAUGAUUUGGAGUUACCUUGGAGACCACUUUAUGAUAUGGUGGAAAGAAUUUUAUAUUCCAAGACAGAGCACCUAGGAUUAAAUUGGUUUCCUAAUUCUGUAGAAAAUGUUCUCAAAACACUCGUGAAAAGCUGCCGACCAUAUUUUCCAGUGGAUGCCACAGCUGAGAUGUUAGAAGAAUGGCGACCACUAAUGUGCCCUUUUGAUGUAACAAUGCAGAAGGCCAUCACUUAUUUUGAAAUAUUUCUUCCUACCUCCCUUCCUCCAGAACUUCAUCAUAAAGGCUUUAAACUUUGGUUUGAUGAAUUAAUUGGCCUUUGGGUUUCAGUGCAAAAUCUCCCACAGUGGGAGGGGCAACUAGUAAAUCUCUUUGCUCGGCUGGCUACAGAUAAUAUAGGGUACAUAGAUUGGGAUCCGUAUGUACCAAAGAUUUUUACGAGAAUUCUGAGAAGCUUGAACCUUCCAGUGGGAAGUAGUCAAGUGUUAGUUCCAAGGUUUUUAACAAAUGCUUAUGAUAUAGGACAUGCUGUAAUAUGGAUUACUGCUAUGAUGGGUGGACCAAGUAAGCUAGUGCAAAAACACUUGGCUGGCUUGUUCAACAGCAUCACAUCUUUUUACCAUCCCUCAAAUAAUGGGCGCUGGCUGAACAAGCUAAUGAAACUACUUCAGCGGUUGCCAAACAGUAUUGUUAGAAGAUUGCAUCAUGAAAGAUACAAGAAACCUUCUUGGCUAACUCCUGUGCCUGAAAGCCAUAAGCUUACUGAUCAAGAUGUCACAGACUUUGUACAAUGCAUUAUUCAGCCUGUCCUCUUGGCUAUGUUUAGCAAAACUGGUAGUUUAGAAGCAGCCCAGGCUCUGCAGAAUCUUGCACUCAUGAGACCUGAGUUAGUAAUACCCCCUGUACUUGAAAGAACUUACCCUGCACUAGAAACUUUAACAGAACCCCACCAGCUCACUGCUACUUUAAGUUGUGUCAUUGGCGUGGCCCGCAGCUUGGUAUCGGGAGGCAAAUGGUUUCCUGAAGGUCCAACACACAUGCUACCUCUGUUGAUGAGAGCAUUGCCUGGGGUGGAUCCAAAUGACUUUAGUAAAUGCAUGAUCACAUUCCAGUUUAUAGCAACAUUUUCCACUCUGGUGCCUCUAGUAGACUGUUCAUCUGUACUGCAGGAAAGAAAUGACCUCACUGAAGUGGAACGAGAACUUUGUUCAGCCACAGCUGAAUUUGAGGAUUUUGUCUUACAGUUUAUGGACAGAUGCUUUGGACUUAUAGAAAGUAGCACAUUGGAACAAACAAGAGAAGAGACAGAAACUGAGAAAAUGACUCACUUGGAGAGUUUGGUUGAAUUAGGACUGUCAUCUACAUUUAGUACAAUCCUUACACAAUGUUCUAAGGAAAUAUUUAUGGUGGCUCUGCAGAAGGUUUUUAAUUUUUCUAUUUCACAUAUAUUUGAAACAAGAGUAGCAGGCCGCAUGGUUGCAGACAUGUGCCGUGCUGCUGUAAAGUGCUGCCCAGAGGAGUCUUUGAAGCUGUUUGUUCCUCACUGUUGCAGUGUUAUAACUCAGCUUACAAUGAACGACGAUGUCUUAAAUGAAGAAGAAUUAGAUAAGGAGUUAUUAUGGAAUCUUCAACUUUUGUCUGAGAUUACUCGAGUGGAUGGGAAAAAGUUACUUCUUUAUAGAGAACAGCUUGUAAAUAUACUCAGAAGAACCCUCCAUUUAUCCUGUAAGCAUGGUUAUACUCUGGCUUGUAACCUUCUGCAUCACCUUCUUCGUUCUACUACGCUCAUCUACCCUACAGAAUACUGCAGCGUGCCAGGUGGAUUUAACAAGCCUCCUUCUGAAUACUUUCCUAUCAAGGAUUGGGGUAAGCCAGGGGAUUUGUGGAAUCUGGGUAUCCAGUGGCAUGUUCCUUCUUCUGAAGAAGUGGCUUUUGCCUUCUAUCUGUUGGACUCUUUUCUUCAGCCUGAGCUCAACAAACUUCAGCGCUGUGGGGAUGGAGAACUUGAACUGUCUAGAGAUGAUAUUCUCCAAAGUCUCACUAUCGUGCAUAACUGUUUAAUUGGCUCAGGAAACCUCCUACCCCCAUUGAAAGGAGAGCCAGUUUCUAACUUGGUACCCACUAUGGUUUCCUUGGAUGAGACAAAAUUAUAUACUGGACUUGAAUAUGAUCUAUCCAGAGAGAACCAUCGAGAAACAAUUGCUAAGGUCAUAAGGAGACUUCUUAAUCAUAUACUUAAUAAUUCAGAAGAUGAUACCAAGUCAUUGUUUCUUAUCAUUAAGAUUAUUGGAGACCUUUUGCAAUUCCAAGGAUCACACAAACAUGAAUUUGACUCCCGUUGGAAAAGCUUUAAUCUAGUAAAGAAAUCAAUGGAAAACCGGCUCCAUGGGAAAAAGCAACAUAUCAGAGCACUUUUGAUAGACAGAGUAAUGUUGCAGCAUGAGCUACGAACGCUAACUGUUGAGGGCUGUGAAUACAAAAAAGUACAUCAAGAUAUGAUCAGAGAUCUUCUACGUUUAUCUACAAGUUCAUACAGUCAGGUCAGAAAUAAGGCUCAGCAAACGUUUUUUGCUGCCUUGGGAGCAUAUAACUUCUGUUGCAGAGAUAUCAUCCCCUUGGUUUUGGAGUUCUUAAGACCAGAUAGACAAGAUGUCACACAGCAGCAAUUCAAGGGUGCUUUGUAUUGUCUUCUUGGAAAUCAUAGUGGUGUGUGCUUGGCAAACCUUCAUGACUGGGACUGUAUUGUGCAGACCUGGCCAGCAAUUGUUUCUUCAGGGCUAAGCAAGGCAAUGUCUCUGGAGAAGCCAUCAAUAGUGAGACUAUUUGAUGACCUUGCAGAGAAGAUUCAUCGGCAAUAUGAAACAAUUGGCUUGGAUUUCACAAUUCCAAAGUCAUGUACUGCAAUAGCAGAAUUACUUCAACAAUCAAAAUAUCCAUCUACCAACCAGAUAAUGCUUAGUUCAGAAGAAAUUAAAGAAGGACAUAACCGCCAACAAGUAAAGAAUGCUGAUGCCCUAAGGAACUAUGAAAAAUUGGUAGACACUUUAUUAGAUGGUGUUGAACAGAGAAAUCUGCCCUGGAAAUUUGAACACAUAGGCAUUGGGCUGCUAUCUCUACUCUUGAGAGAUGACCGAGUGCUGCCUCUUCGUGCCAUUCGUUUUUUUGUUGAGAAUCUCAACCAUGAUGCAAUUGUAGUUCGUAAGAUGGCGAUCUCUGCUGUUGCUGGUAUUCUCAAACAACUAAAAAGAUCUCACAAAAAGUUGACCAUUGACCCCUAUAAAAUUAGUGACUGUCCUAAACCUGUCCAAAUUUGUGCUGGUGACAGACCCGACAAUCAUUGGUUGCAUUAUGAUAGCAGAAGUGUACCAAGAACUAAGAAAGAUUGGGAGUCAAGCUGUUUUGUGGAAAAAACUCACUGGGGUUACUAUGCCUGGCCACAGAAUAUGGUGGUUUAUGCAGAUGUGGAAGAGCAACCCAAACUUGGCAGAAGCAGGGGCGAUUUGACGGAGGCAGAAAAGAUUAUAUUUGAUCAUUUUUCUGAUCCUAAAUUUGUUGAACAGUUAAUUACUUUUCUAUCUUUAGAAGACAGGAAAGGAAAAGAUAAGUUCAAUCCUCGACGGUUUUGCCUCUUUAAGGGUAUAUUCAGAAAUUUUGAUGAUUCCUUUCUGCCAGUUCUGAAGCCCCAUUUAGAAUGUUUGGUUGCAGAUUCACAUGAAAGUACUCAGCGAUGUGUUGCAGAGAUCAUAGCUGGCUUAAUCCGAGGUUCUAAGCAUUGGACAUUUGAAAAGGUAGAGAAACUUUGGGAGCUUCUGUGCCCUCUGCUUAGAACAGCACUGUCCAACAUUACAGUGGAGACAUACAAUGACUGGGGAACUUGCAUAGCAACAUCCUGUGAAAGCAGAGAUCCUCGAAAACUUCAUUGGCUUUUUGAGUUGCUCUUGGAAUCUCCACUGAGUGGUGAAGGAGGAUCCUUUGUAGAUGCAUGUCGACUGUACGUUCUGCAAGGUGGCCUCGCCCAGCAAGAGUGGAGAGUGCCUGAGCUGCUGCACAGACUGCUAAAGUACUUGGAGCCGAAACUCACCCAGGUUUACAAAAAUGUCAGGGAAAGGAUAGGAAGUGUGCUGACCUACAUAUUCAUGAUAGAUGUUUCUUUGCCAAACACUGCGCCAACACUGUCCCCUCAUGUCUCUGAAUUCACUGCUCGAAUUCUAGAGAAAUUGAAACCCCUCAUGGAUGUGGAUGAAGAAAUUCAGAACCAUGUUAUGGAAGAAAAUGGAGUUGGUGAAGAAGAUGAGCGAACUCAGGGCAUUAAACUCUUAAAAACUAUAUUGAAAUGGCUGAUGGCGAGUGCAGGAAGAUCCUUCUCCACAGCAGUCACAGAACAGCUUCAGCUUCUACCUUUGUUUUUUAAGAUUGCCCCAGUGGAAAAUGACAAUAGCUAUGAUGAACUGAAAAGAGAUGCCAAGUUGUGUUUAUCUUUAAUGUCUCAGGGGUUGCUUUACCCUCAACAAGUGCCUUUGGUACUUCAGGUGCUAAAACAAACAGCAAGAAGCAGUUCUUGGCAUGCCAGAUACACAGUACUGACCUACCUCCAGACUAUGGUAUUUUAUAACCUCUUUGUUUUCCUAAACAAUGAAGAUGCAGUUAGAGACAUCAGAUGGCUGGUUAUAAAUCUUUUGGAAGAUGAGCAAUUAGAGGUUCGAGAAAUGGCCGCUACCACCUUAAGUGGUCUGUUGCAGUGUAACUUCCUUACCAUAGACAAUCCUAUGCAGAUUCAUUUUGAGCAACUUUGCAAAACCAAACUACCGAAGAAAAGAAAACGAGAUCCUGGUUCUGUAGGAGAUACGAUUCCUUCCGCAGAGUUAGUCAAACGUCAUGCUGGGGUGCUGGGACUUGGUGCGUGCGUUCUUUCCAGUCCUUAUGAUGUUCCCACCUGGAUGCCCCAGCUUCUCAUGAAUCUCAGUGCACAUCUGAAUGAUCCUCAACCGAUUGAGAUGACUGUAAAAAAGACCUUAUCCAAUUUCCGAAGGACACACCAUGACAACUGGCAAGAACACAAACAGCAAUUCACUGAUGACCAGCUGCUUGUUCUCACCGAUCUCCUUGUGUCACCAUGCUAUUAUGCAUAAAAGGAUGAGUAGUCUGCACUUGAAGCUCUUUUCAUCGAAAAUCCCAGAUCCUCAGGUACCAUCUGUGGUGGCUCGCUGAAGGUUUUUAAAAUUCUGCCUCCAUUGAGCUCUCAUCAUUUUGGUGGUUUCUGUGUUUAGUCUCAGUCUGUGUUUCACAGGUUUUCAGCUGCCAUUUUUUUUCUUCUUCUUUUUUUUUCCCCUAACUUGUCCAGAAGUGUUCCCAGAUUAUUGAUCACUUUUUUUCUUUGAGGCAUCUGACAAAGCUACAAUGUCUCAGACUAGAAAUAAUUACCCAAUAUGAUCAUGGCAUCCAACACCAGACAGAGUCUAGGAACUCAUUAAGAAACAGUUUGCUUAGAAUGGAGAAUACCCAGGUCCAUUCAUUUCAUUCAUCUCAAAUUAUUUUGCUUCCUUUCUGUAUGGCUGUUGGGUCUGGAUGGUAAUAGGGCUGUGGGUCACAAAUCUGAAGCCUUGAGAGCCUUGGAUAUGGAGAGCCAGCCAUACAAGAGGGAAGGAAAAGAGGGCAAGUCUUAAACCUAACCAAGGACCUGAUGGAUUGCUGGACCGGGACAUGGAAGUGAAGCCUGUAUCCACAUGCUUCCCACAGACGAGUUUUUGGUGCUGAAUAGAAGAGCAGUUACUGAAAAACUGGGGAAUUGGUGAAUAAAUUUUCGAUUGAUUGUUGUGUGUAUACUAUGCGUGAUUUUGAAAAUAAACAGCAACAACAAUAAUAAAAACAAAACAAAACCCUGACUGGUUGAUUUUUCCUGUAUUCUUUAGAAAUACUGUGUUGACCCUCUUUGAAAACUGUUGUCUCACCUACUGAAAGAAUGCUGCAUUUGUGGAGAUUCUACACCCUCCCCCUUUUAUUUUUAUUUUGCCUGCAGAAUCGUUGAGAGACUACUAAGUCUUGAUAUUUAAUUGACUUGUUUAAACGUUAUAUAGAUGUAAAAGACUGUAUAAACUGUAGUGAUAACAUUGACAAGACUUUGUACAGAUACAGCCUUUUACACAACACCAUUGUGUAAUGAAUUUGUAAAGAUUCACGUGUAGCUCUUUAUUAUGGUGAUAUUUGACUUUUGUAUCAAUUGAAUGCUGUUUUUGUGUUUUUAAAUUAUUUUCUUUAUCUUUUAUGUUAGAGCUGAGGUGUGGAUAUAUAUAUAUAUGUGUAUAUAUAUAUACACAUGUAUAUAUAUAUGUUUAGUUCAUUUAUUUUUAGAAUGUCUGGAUUUUUAUGUAACUUUUGUGUGCAUCUCUAUAUGCAAACUCCACCUUUGCCUCUGAUAAUUUUAUAGGAUGCAGGCUACCUUUUAGGUUGAAAUAAUUCACAAGUUGGUGAAUGUCAUCUGACAGUACAUCCUGUACAGUCUUCCUUAAAGGAGCACUAAGUUUAUUUUUUAGUAUCUAAUUGCUGAGUGACCCAAGACUGACCUGACUGCAGCAGAGAUCCUGGUACAGUAUCUAAGUGUCAGCAUACACAGGCAUAAUCUUUGUAUAGAGUAGUGCCAAACUGAUCAUUGCAAUUGUGUAAGUAGUUCAAAACCCAAUAAAUGAACUGUUUUUAAUA